GAGGAGAAGCCGGUAUGAGAGGAGUAGAAGCGGACAGACUUCGGGAGGCGAUGUGAACACCGGGAAGACGGACACACCGCGGGGAGAGACAGACUAAUGGAACAAUCUUAUUUAAUCCAGUUAUUGACAAGGUUGAUCCUCUCUACCUCUUGGAAUGUCCAGCUUGUGUCCGGAUGCCCACUGGCUGACCCGCAGCAGUUCUUCACUGGCAAGCUUUAUGUCCUUGUGUAUCAGCUAAAGCUGCCAGCUGAAGAACUGUUGUGGUUGGCUCUUUCCUGGCACCCCAGCUUAGAAUGAAACCAUCACAGGUCAACAGUUGGAGGAAUCUGAGACGAACCAGAUGGUAGAGAAGUCAAAAUCAAUCUCAGGUCAGACAGGUCCUGAUUUUUAUCUUAAUUCGUUUAUGCAGCGCAUCCCAAUUUCCCCCCGUGCCCCAUUUGGAAGGUGUCACGUGAGCUGUCUGGGCCUGGCUCUGCAUUCUCUGCAAGCAUAAACUAAACCUACUGGCAAGGCCCAUGCUGAGUCAGCAACAUUCCUGAACGGAUGAGAUGCUCCUGCCCUUAUUUGGGUGUGGAACAGGCGGGGAACACCCUUUCAACCUCUCUGCUACUGAUCAAAAUGUUUUGAGGGUUUGAAAGAAGAAUUGCAAUGCUCUUAUGGAUGUCAGUGUGUUCGCUGGAUCAAAGCCCAGGCCUUUACAUGUGUUUCUGUUUAUGAAUAAGUCACCGGGUUCUUCGAUCGAACGAAGAACACACUCGCUGGACUUGCAUCUGUAACUUCCCCUCAUUUUUCCCCCAGGCCCUGCUGUGGUAUGUGAUUUUGGGUUUAUUUGUUCGGCUUAUGCAUACUGUGCAUGAGUACAACCACCGACACACAUGCGUACGCACGUGUGCGCUCACACACACACAAACACAAACACACACACACAGUGCCUGACCCUCAGCAAGCAAUAAGCCUCACUUCAAGGGCAAAAGCAGUGCCGAAAACAGGAUAUGAAAAUGUGUCUUAAGCCUCCCAGCCAGAUGAAAAGCGAGGUAGAAAAUGUUCUCACCACUCAGCAGAACCAGAUGCCCAUGGCCUGAAAAGUGAAGCCCACACUUUUUGUGUUUGUGCUCUCCGUCAUCUCUGAGGCUCAUGUAGGAUCAAUAUCAUUAACUGUUGUGGAUGCUGUUUAACUUUUUUUUAAUGAUUCAAGACUUUUUAUAAAUUCAAUCUGGUUAAUUAAACAUGGUGUUUACAUGCAUCUGAAUAUUAAUAAUCUUAUGUUUUAUUGCUAAGUUGUAGCACUACAUUAUGGUCAUGUAGCACAUAAGAAAGAGAAAGUAUUUUUAAGUAUCAAAAAUGGAGGUGAUAUCAUAAUGUUCAAGGUCAACAAUGAAUCUGAAACAUUAAUGGGUUUUGUUUUUGAUAAAAAAAUAAUGUCAUUUUUAUUUCAUCUUCACACAAGCAUCUUCUUAUUUGCUGUAUGUGCCUACUGCACAGGGCCAAAUGCAGCGGUGUUUUAGAACCUAUUUAAUGCACAAUCCAAUGAUCCUGACUACAGUAUGUGUCUGCUGAACUGAUUACAUGUAGGCCUAAUAUCAUUUACACUUCACUGACUUUAUAUAAAUGUUUUUUUCAUUAGAAAGGCAAUUUAAACAUUUGUGAAAAUAAUGUGCUAUAAAUGCACUUAUUCAGAGCUUUGACAUGCAUUAUAAAUGAUUAUAACAUCAUAUUGUCUCUGUUAUUUUUAUUUUCAAAUGGUGUGUGAAUUUGAACUGUGGAAAUUCUUGUGUGUUUAAAUUCUUUCAUUAAAAUUAUUGUCUUUAGUAUCAGUGAUGGUGCAUAAAAGACAUACUGCAUAUUCACAGUGGAAAGGAAAGAAUUAAGUAAAGCGUGUGUGUAAUAAUCUGAAGCUUCGCUCUAAUUAACAUUUAUCCUGACUGUUUGACUGUCUGUCUUCGGUCAGUCAUUGGGAAAUUACAGAGAAAGUGUGCUGAAACAGCAUACUAAAAACUUAUGCUCCACAAAUUGAACUUAAAAAAGAGAAGUUUAAAAAAUCAGAUUUACGAAAUCAAUUGCGCAGAAAGAGACCAGCAUUGUACAGCUUUGUAUAAAGGUUAAAAGCUCUAUGUUGUUACAGGAAGAGCAGUAGAAUUACUAAUGGCAAGGGUCAGAUGCUUCUUGAUAACCCAUUGAAGUGUGAUAUCGAUCAGUCAGCAGUGGGAUUUCAAAGCACUUUUGGUUUCAACACAUUAGAUAAUAUUUAAACUGGAAGGGGAUGUAUGAAGCCCAAAGCCCUCAGGUCAGCAAAUGCUGCCAUGACUUAGGAUUUCCUUUAUAAGAAAUUAUAGACACAAAAUUUUCCUGUGCCGUUUUUUUUCUCCAGUGUCUGGUUUGAUGCCUGUCCUCAUGCCACCUGAAGAGAGGAAAGAAGGUUCUAGGGCAACAUACUCAGCACCAGGUUAAAGCUGCUUACGCAGAUUACCUUGAGUUCCAGGCAGACAGGAGAUCACAGCACCUGAUGAAACAUUCAUGUUGCAACACUGUGCCAGACCUCUUGCAAGCUUGCUUGAUCUUUGGCCCUGUGACUGAGGCAGAGUGCUGCCGCUCUAAUCGAGCACAAGUUACCUGCUGUGCUGUGAGACUCACUUUUCCCCAGGUGUAUAGCUAAUGAGGCAGUCGGUGGCCUUUUGUGUAUUUAAAGAAUCAUCUGUUUGUAACCAAGUAGUUAAAAAGUGACCCAGGCAAUUUAUUUAUUUAUUUUUUGCAAAAAUCCCAGCGCUUUACUAUGACUCAUCAUAAGUUUGCUCAGCAGAGGCCAUUUUGUGUGCGAAGCCUGAGAGGAGGCAGCACAUAGACAUAAAGCGUGACUCAUGACAACGAGCUUUCUCACUCGGCAUGUAGACAAGCCAGACACUCACACUUGCAGUGUGUAGAGUAGAGCACACCAUGAUUCUGGAUCCGGUUUCUACUCUCUCAUGAUUCAUAUCAGGAUUGAGAUCCUAAAACCACACAGAUGUAUCUAUCUAUUGAAUAGCAUUUUGCAUACAAGCAGUCGAAAAACUAAUGUGAAAAAUAGAAUAGGAUCAUAUGCUGUUAUAUAAACCAAAUGCAGAUGUGAUGCAGUGGCUUUAAUCAUGCCUCAAGCCGAAGAUAAUGUUUAAGACCUGUGAUCCCCAGACAAAUGGAUGAGUCCAUCAUCUCCAGGCCUAUAAUAAACGAUAGCCUCGGUCUGGCCAGCUCAUUAACUACUGCUGGAAAAUACCAUGAGCGGAUGUCUGAAUGCAUCCUGAUGACUCAGAGCAUAUGCACACCCACCGCCACCACCAUGUCUGAGUGACUAACUAGCCUCCUGUUCCACUGGAGCCCUGAACAAGCUCUGUGACGCAUUCGGCAAAGCGAGGCCACCAGCAAUGUGUCACGUUUAAUGUGGCCUCGUUGCCACGAGGUGGGAUGAAAAAGGGAAAAAUGUGAGAGUAAGAGCCUUUGAGGGCACACCAGUGGGUGAAUAGGAUUCAUUGUGGGUCUUUAAUCUGCUGUCUACCUCUGCAGUUAAUCCUGCUGGUGACAUCAGGACGAGACUGUUCAGGUGACUUUCCAUUUUCGAACCAUGCUGUGCAAUGAUGAUCGCACUGUGCUGGAUGACAGUAAGAAAGUCGGGGUGCCCAUGGAAGUGGUGUUUGGAAACAUGUUCAAGCUAGACGUAUGGGAGACUCUACUCAGGUCCAUGCGCAUAGGAGAAGUUUCAGAGUUCUGGUGUGACAUUAUCCACACUGGCCUGUACCCCAUGGUGGCAAAAAGUCUUCGGCGCAUUGCAGUGGGAAAAGAUCCCGUAGACUGGCACAUCCAUACCUGUGGCAUGGCUAACAUGUUUGCGUUUCACACCCUGGGUUAUGAUGACCUGGAUGAGCUCCAGAAAGAACCACAGCCUCUCAUCUUUGUGUUAGAACUACUAAAGGUUCAGCAGCCGAGUGAGUAUCACAGGGAGUCGUGGGCAAUGAAUGAUGAGGAGAGACUAAAGGCUGUUCCUGUGCUUCAUGGCCAAGGAAACAAACUGUACAAACAGGGUCGCUUUGAGGAGGCCACAAACAAGUACAAGGAGGCGAUCCUUUGCAUCAAGAACAUUCAGUCUAAAGAGAAGGCCUGGGAGGCCCCCUGGCUGAAGCUUGAGAAGAUGGCCAACACUCUCACACUCAACUAUUGCCAGUGCUUGCUGCGCAUGCAGGAGUAUUAUGAAGUCAUUGAACACACUAGUGACAUCAUCAACCAGCAUCCCGGGGUAAUGAAAGCUUUCUACUUGCGGGGAAAAGCACACAUGGAGGUGUGGAACGAGGCCGAGGCCAAGGCUGACUUUCAUAGAGUGCUGGAUCUAGACCCAGGUAUGAAGAAGUCAGUGAAGAAAGAUCUAGCCGUUCUCAACAUGCGUAUGGAGGAGAAGAGAGAGGAGGACAGACAAAAAUACAAGGGAAUGUUCACAGCCACAGCAAAGGAGCAAACAAUUCCAGGACAAAUAAAGGAACAGGAGAAUACAGACCAAGAAACAACAGAACAAUCAACUACUGAGCAAGAAACUUUCAAGCAAGUGGCUCUAGAGCAAGAACAAGAAACAACAUUCCUGGAAACCCCAGAGAAAGACAAUUCAGAGAAGGAAAUUUUCAAGCAAGAAACUCUAGAUCUAGAAACGUUUGAGGAGGAAAAAACAGAGGCAAAGUAUCCAGAGAAGAAAACACUACAGCAAGAAACUCUAGAUCUAGAAACUCCAGAGCCAAACAAUCCAGAUGAGAAAACCCUAGAGCAAGAAAAUCUAGAGCAAGAAACUCUUGAGGAGGAAACAACAGAGGCAAAGUAUCCAGAGAAGAAAACACCACAGCAAGAAACUCCAGAGGAGGAAACUCCAGAGCCAAUCAAUCCAGAUGAGAAAAUGCUAAAGCAAGAGACGCUAGCACAAGAAACUAUAGAGCAAGAAAUUACAGAGAACAACACUCCAGAGCAGGGAACUCUAAAGCAAGAAAUCCUAGACAAUGAAACUCCAGAGUAGGAAGAACAAGUUACUCCUGAACAAGAAAAUGAACAACUUCUGUAUCACAGUUAACCUCAACAGUAGCACAAACUUUUAAUGACUGUCAGUGACAAAGCUUCUUAAUAAAAGAAUCUGACAGCCAUGUGAUCCAUUUGAUCCCUGUUAUUGGAAUUCAUCUAAUAGGGCAUGAGGUGGGCAUAUUGCUUAUAUUUAGUAGUUGUGCUUAAGAUAUGAUCUGAUAAAUAUCUGAUAUUUGAGAAAAUACUACAUAUACGUACAUAAUAUUUAGAUGAACGAUUUUCCAUUUUGGGUGAAAUAUUAUCCAUACAAUGCA